CUCGUGGCGUCUGCGCGUGACGUCAUAACGUGCGCCGUCCCGAAGGGCCCCCUGCGGGGCACGUGGAUGGUGUAACGCGGGGAGGGUUCAUGGCGAGUUCCGUGGGUCUGGCACUGUGCGGGCAGGCGCUGGUGGUGCGGGGCGGCAGCCGGUUCCUGGCCACCUCCACUGCAAGCAGUGAUGAUGGCAGCCUCUUCACAUAUGAUUGCAGUGCUGCAGAAAAGAAGGUGCAAGAGGAUAAAGGGGAGGACGGACAGCCCGUGGACCAGGGGAGUGACACGAUUCUGGCGUCCACCUUCUCCAAGUCUGGCAGCUAUUUUGCUUUAACUGAUGACAGUAAGCGUCUGAUUCUUUUCCGUACAAAACCAUGGCAAUGUCUGAGUGUCAGGUCCGUGAUAAGGCGGUGCACGGCCCUGACCUUCACAGCCUCUGAGCAGAGGGUCUUGGUGGCCGACAAGUCCGGUGACGUCUACUCCUUCUCGGUGCUGGAGCCGCAUGAAUGUGGCCGGCUUGAGCUUGGUCACCUGUCCAUGCUGCUGGACGUGGCUGUGAGUCCUGAUGACCGCUUUGUGCUCACCGCGGACCGGGAUGAGAAGAUCCGUGUCAGCUGGGCCGCGGCGCCCCACUGCAUCGAGGCCUUCUGCCUGGGGCACACGGAGUUUGUGAGCCGCAUCUUGGUGGUGCCUGGCCAUCCGGAGCUGCUGCUGUCCUCUUCCGGGGACUGCACCCUGAGGCUGUGGGAGUAUAGGAGCGGCCGCCAGCUGCACUGCUGUGACCUGGCCAGUCUGCAGGAGCCUGCUGAGCCCCAGGAUCACAAGAGGUUCGCCGUGUCCAGGAUCACGUUCUGGGGCCCGGAGAGCUAUGUGGCGCUUCUGUGUGACUGCCUUCCGGUGGUCUUCGUGUUCCAGCUCAAUGCCUGCAGACAGCUGGUGUUCAGACAGCAGCUGAGGUUCCCGCGUCGUGUGUGGGACGUUGCGUUCGAGGAGGGGCAGGGGCUGUGGGUCCUGCAGGACUGUCGUGAGGCGCCCCUUGCGCUCUGGAGGCCCACGGAUGGCCAGUGGCAGCCUGUUGCUGACAGUGCCGUGUCCCAGAGGCUCUGCGGUCAUCUCCGAGGCAGCUGGGCCACGUUGGAAGGCUCUGCCCCCGCGGACGACAGCUUCCAUGGGCUCUACAAGGCCACGUUUGACAACAUGAGCUCCUACCUGAAGAAGAAGCAAGAGCGGCUGCAGCAGCAACAGGACAGAAAGCGUCAGCGGAGCCCUCCGCCGGGGGCCCCGGGGCAAGCCAAGAAGACAAGGCCUGGGCCGGCAGCCUCGGGGUGCUGACCCUCACCCUGGGGUCGGCUCUCGGCUCUCUUCACCCUUGCUGUCCCAGCAGCUCCCUCGGGAGGGAAGGGGGCAGCUGGAGGCUACCCCUGGCUGAGCUGUGGUGUUUGGACUCUGGGCCCUGAGCAGGCCCUACUUGUGCCAGCCUUUGUGGUGGGCAGCACCGUGAGCACUUCCCUUCAAGUUGGGGUGCUCACGCUCACCCCCACUGGCUGUUUCCCUCCACGCCCACCUGCUGUCCAUGCGGGCCAUCCUUGCCAGACGCAGCUUCCUCUGGGGAAACCUGCAGGUGCUGCCGAGUUGCUAGGCCAUGGCUGCCGCCGCCUCUCGGCAGUGCCCUGCGUGGCAGCCACUCAUGCAGUACCUGAAUCUUGAGUGUAGUUGGGUGAGCCAUCAGUGGCUCCUAUGCUCAGUAGCUGCCCUUGGCGACUGGCUCCACGGUGACUGCCACCGUCUGGGCUAUGCAAGCGUGUCCUGUUGGUCCCCAGGGACUGGGAGGGGACCCUGCUGUGGGCCCGGGGCCUUGCCCGGUGCCGGGGAAGGCUGGUGAUGCUGCUCUUGGCUUUCCAGGUCUGUGGCUUUGCUCUGUGCACGCCACAGAGCACGGGGUUCCACCGGCCAGCAGUGAAGCAGCGCUUUCCCUGCGGUCGGGGCGGGACGCAGCUGAUGUCUCGAGCUCCUUGGCCCAUGCAGUGUGGACGGCAUAGCUACAGCCGGUGGCUGGGCGUGUGAUCCCCAGAGCCGCGCUUUGCCCGCUGUCCCUGUCGGUGCUGCGCGGUGCUGUCAGUGACAGCGUGGCUGCUCAGAAACGGUCCUGCUGCGUAGGCACCACACCUCAGGUUCCUAAGUGCCUAGCGUCCCAGCACCAUCGGGGGGCAAUGCUUUGGUGACUGGCAGACCACUCCUUCCCGGCUCAGGGUAUUGGGGCCCGCGCCCCGCAGACCAUGGGCGUCUACAUACCACCUGUCCUCAGUAAUCGGCGGUUGUUGGCUUUAGGAGAAUCUAGGCCUGGCCUGCCAGUGCCCUCACUUACUAUAGGGCUCCUCGGGGCUGGAGGAGGCUCGGGGUGGCCUGCUUGAUGUCUGGCUCCACACAACACGAACGUGUGAGUCUGCAAACCAGAACCUGUGGGCCCGAUCUUGCCUGCUGCCUGAUGUGAGCCAGGCACUGUUUCGGGUUUCAAGAACAGGAGAAGUGAUGUUUCCUGAUGUGAAAAUCACGUUCAAAGCUCAGGGUCGGGAUGCUACACUUCCAGACGCAGCUGCUCUGCACUACGACCACGGGAACGGGUGCAACAGCCCCAGAGGCUGUUGGCCCUGCAGUAUUCAAUGUGUGCCCUUCACAGAAAAGUUUCCUGGCCCAUCUUGAAGUCCCCUUAAAUUGUGUAUUUUCACUUUGGAGGCUGAAGCAGGAGAACCACUGCAAUUUUGAGACCAGCCUGAACUAGGUAGUGAAACUUUGCCCCCUCCAAAAAUGGUGUAUUUAUUGGGUUUCCUCUUUAGGAAAGGCUGUCCCUGUGCCCCUUGGCACCCGACCCUCCGCCUUGGUCCUUCGCUGCGUGCGUGCUGUGGCAGGCUGAGCGCACGCCUGUGAGACUGAGCUCGCCCCGGGCUGCCUCUGAGGCCCUUAGGUCGGACAAGGAGCCGGAUCCACCUCCCCCAUCUGGGCGUAGCGCAGGGCAUUGCUGGGUGCCCGGCUGGGAGGCCACAGGGGAGCCAGGGAAUACAGCGGUGCCAGCAGCCAACGUGAGUGAGGAGGGGGUCUUGCACCUUCUCGGCUGCCCUCCCUUGGUGCUCCUGCGGCGGGCGCCUCUGGCUCCAGAGUCAGGCGUGGCUUCCUGCCCAGCUCUCGCCAUCCUGUGGAGCCCCUAGUCCUGGAGCGGACCGCGGGCUUUGCUCCUGCUCACGGCCCUCCACAUGCCGAUAGCCCCGUGUCCCAGGGUUCUGUUUCCCAGUAUGUCAGCCCGAGCCCCACCUGUCUUGUGUUUAAAGCACGCCCCUCCCCACGCUCAUGCAUCACCCCACUUCCCUCCUUUCCUCAGUCUCGUGUGGCUGCACCAGUAUCAGAGCCGCUGCCCCACAGACUGGGCCAGAACAGUUCCUCAUUCGCCGGUUUCCGCGUCCACCUCUCGGAGGUUCCGCCUGCUUAUCCCCUUAAAUCUUUAUCUCGUUUAGAUGCCUGUUUUCUGGUCCGUUUUGGUUUCUGAGUAUUUUCCUUUUGGGGACAUUCCUUGGACUUGGUCCUAGGUCUUGCACUGAUGACAAGACGUCUGGCUGUCGCACUUAGUUCUCGGAGCUCCGUGCUGUGCUAUGGUCGCAGUGUUGCGUGUAACUGGGAAGCACUCGUGGGAUGCGCGUGUGCGGCAGCGGCACCGCCUGCUGAAGACGCCCGUGCUCCCUCCCAGGAACUGACCCCACUUUUCCUUCUGGGUUUUGGCUGCUUGCUCAGCCCUCUGAGACUCGCUCACGGUGUUGGCCCGGGAGCGUGCCCUCUUCUGCUGCACUAACCGUCCGGUCGUGUGGCUGUUGCACUGUAUAUCCUGUCUGUGGGCGUUGGCAUAGCUUCCCGAUUUCAGCCAGUGGGAACAGGCUGCCAUCAGCUUAGUCACUUCACAUGGCUGGGAGACGAUACACUCAAGUGCAUGCCAGGUGUGGUGGCACACACCAGUAAUCCCAGCACUGGGGAGGCUGAGGCAGGAGGAUGUUUCCGAGUUUGAG